AUGGGCGCCGACAACGACAACGAUAGCGACGGCCUGUCUCGCACGCUGAAAGACCUCUUUGCCGGUGCGGCAGGAGGAGUCGCGCAGGUUCUGAUCGGCCAGCCAUUCGACAUAAUAAAAGUCCGCCUCCAAACGACCUCUUUAUACAGCAGCGCGCUGGACGCUGGCCGACAAAUCUACGCGCACGAGGGGGCCUUGGCAUUCUACAAGGGCACGCUAACGCCACUGAUCGGUAUCGGCGCGUGCGUGUCCGUGCAGUUCGGCGCGUUCCAUGAGGCCCGGAGGAGGCUCGAGACUUGGAAUAAGAAGUAUAAUCCGGGAAGGAGCGAGCUCACGUAUGCGCAGUAUUAUCUCGCGGGUGCGACCGCGGGGGUUGCGAAUACGGUGCUCUCGAGCCCGAUCGAGCAUGUGCGCAUCCGGCUGCAAACGCAGCCACACGGGGCAGCGGCGCUGUACAGCGGGCCAUUGGACUGCAUCCGCAAGCUGAUCUCACACGGCGGGGGGGUUAGCAGCGGGCUAUACCGGGGCACGGGGGUGACAUUGCUGCGGGAGGCGCAAGCGUACGGCGUGUGGUUCCUAACGUUCGAGUACCUGAUGAAGCGGACGAUGCGGCACACGCGGCGCGAGGAUAUCCCCGCGUGGAAGAUCGCGCUGUAUGGAGGUCUUGCGGGCGAGGCGUUGUGGCUCGCUAGCUACCCGCUGGACGUCGUCAAGAGUAAACUUCAGACGGAUGGGCUCAAAAAGGGGGAGCAGGUGUAUAAGGGCGCCGUAGACUGUGCCAAGAAGGUCUGGGCGAAGGAGGGUGUCAUGGGCUUUUGGAAGGGGCUGGCUCCUACCCUUAUGAGGGCUAUGCCCGUUUCCGCGGGUACUUUCUUUGUCGUCGAAACCACGAUGAGGCUGAUCAACUAG